CCGGGUUGGGCGGGUCGGGCCGGGGUGGGGAGGGGUUUGUGGGUGAAGCCUGGGUCCCCCGCCCGCUGAGGAGAUGGAUGAGGAUGGGCUUCCACUCAUGGGGUCAGGCAUAGACCUGACUAAGGUGCCAGCUAUUCAACAGAAAAGAACGGUGGCAUUUCUAAACCAGUUUGUGGUGCACACUGUACAGUUCCUCAACCGAUUUUCUACAGUUUGUGAGGAGAAACUGGCAGACCUUUCUCUUCGUAUCCAGCAAAUUGAAACAACUCUCAAUAUUUUAGAUGCAAAGUUGUCAUCUAUCCCAGGGCUAGAUGAUGUCACAUUUGAAGUAUCUCCUGUAAGUGACACUAGGAUCACAAAUGAAACACAUUCUGAAACCACUUCAGAGCAAUCACAGCUGAACAGUUUACAAGACUCUGGACCACAGGAAAGUGAAGUAACACCAGAAAAUAUCUUAACUGUAGCCAAGGACCCAAGAUAUGCCAGAUAUCUCAAAAUGGUUCAAGUGGGUGUUCCAGUCAUGGCAAUAAGAAACAAAAUGAUAUCAGAAGGACUAGACCCAGAUCUUCUUGAUAAAGAACAGACUUCUGGGGCUUCCCUGGUGGCUCAGUGCUUAAGAAUCCUCCUGCCAAUGCAGGGGACACGGGUUCAAGCCCUGGUCUGGGAAGAUCCCACAUGCCGCGGAGCCACUAAGCCCAUGCACCACAACUACUGAGGCUGCACUCUAGAGCCCGCAAGCCACAACUACUGACCCUGUGUGCCACAACUACUGAAGCCUGUGCACCUAGAGCCCGUGCUCUGCAGCAAGAGAAGCCACCACAAUGAGAAUCCCACGCACUGCAACAGAGUAGCCCCCACUCACCGCAACUAGAGAAAACCUGCACGCAGCAACGAAGACCCAACACA